GGCUGGAAGACGCGUUCUCAUUGGUCAGCCCGCUCUUGGUAAAUUUGCAUUCGGUUCUCCGCUGAGGGAAGGAGGAAGCAAAGUGGUCACCGAGACGGCGCCGUCCAUGAGAGGGCUAUGGCGCCCGGUUUACCCUUCUUUAUCUUUGGCGGGGUGAUGUGUGCCGCCCUGGGGCUCCGAGUCAUGGACUCCUCAGACUUCAACUGUUCACAGCCGGGGGUUGAGUGCAAAGUUUUGAACAGUAACUGUGUGGACCUAAGCUGGAUACACCAUUACCCUUGGACCCCUACUGCCCCCUCCCACUUGGAGGUCACAGCAGGCAUCAGAAAGGAUAAAUGGGGAAAUCGAGUGCCGGUUUUACAGAUUAACUGGACAGUGAGCAUAGACUCCAGUAUACUGAAUCUACAAGGUGUGGAGAUCUCGGUUAUGGAGGUUGAUAUAGGUUCUACACAAUGCGUUCAGUUCCAGUUCGGUAACGGAUUCCCGCAACAGCGAGAUCAGCACGGCCAGCCAUGGAAGUUCUACUACAAUAACUUUGAGGUGAAUCCUGGUAAUACAUACCACAUACGUGUCCAGCACCUGCCAAAAGAAAAUAACUCUGUAAACCACAAAGAAUUAGAUUUUGUCUUUCCAGGAUGCAGUAAGAAUGACCUGAUACAGACUGACACCUGCUGUAAACUGGGAUACUGCUGGAAACCUAACAUCACCCUAGAAGUCACUGAAGACAAACUGAUUGUUACAUUUAGCCCUGAAAGGAACACCCUCAAAUAUGGUGUAAAAGUCAGUAUCGGCCCAAGGAAAGAAAACCUACCAAAUGAGAUCAGUCUGCAGGGGGUGACUACUGAACGUGUACAAGUUAACUUCCCCAUCACAGAGUCCUAUAAACCAUGCUGGUAUAACGUCUCGGUUUGGCCCUAUAUGCCAGAUUGUCAGCACUACUGUGUGCGGCAGUGGUACUCUCCAAAAUGUCCUCCUCCUAGCACUGAGACACCCAUAGUGCCGCGGGGACAGGUUUAUGUGUGGCCGAUUGCAGCAGCUUUGACGAUUUUGGCCUUCGCAGUCACAAUAAUCUUCUUUUGGAGGAUUCGAGGUUGUUUCUCCCCAUCAAGCUCUAAAUCCACUACUAAUUUGCUGCCGCCACCUGUUGUACCUGGACUGAAGAAGCAGAAGGUGUGGCUGGUUUACUCUGCUGAUCAUGAACUUUAUGUCAACGUUGUCAUUAGGUUGGCAGAUUUCCUUCGGGUGACUUGGGGCCUGGAUGUUGUACUGGACCGGCACCAAAGCCAAGAGAUCGGUGUAAAAGGUGCCAUGACCUGGUUGAGUUAUCAAAAAGACCAAAUUGAGAAGAUGAAUGGGACAAUUCUUAUUCUCUGUUCCAGGGGGGUACAAGCAAAAUGGAGGGCAAUGAAGAACUGUCAGGAAGCACGGGUAGCAUUGCCUGAGGACACCAGUUACAUGUUUGGGGACCUUUUCACCCCUGCAUUGGCUCUCAUCCUCCCUGACUUCCAGAAAGCCAAGCCUUAUGAUCGCUACGUGGUUGCGUAUUUCAGUGAACUCUGUGACGUUGGAGAUAUACCUUCUCCACUUGAAAUAUGCCCACAGUAUGCUCUGAUUGAAAACCUACAAAUCCUCUUAUUCCGCAUUCAAAGAAUAGAGCAUCAUCAGCCCAACAUACAAUAUAACGUUGACCUAGAAGGAAAACCAAGCUACUCGCAUUUGCUGAAGGCCAUUGAGCAGUGCCGGGCUUGGCAGGAAACUCAUUCUGAUUGGUUUGAGAAACAGGUUUCCCCAGCACAACCUGAAGAAGCAUCCAGAGAUGAACAAGAGGUAGAACAUGCACAUGAGUGCACCCGUAGAAUCUACCCUCAGAUCCGCCAGCCUGAGACUUCUCUCUCCAUGUUAACUCCAUGCAUCAUCGAGCCAGAUCCUAUAAGGUCAAUAAACCCUUCUCUUGAGUUUGGACCUUCAAGUGUUUGUGUGGUACCACUACUUACUGAGGAGUAUUCACCUGUGACAGUUGUACAGCCGUCUCUUAAUACCCAAGCGCUAAGAGCGUCUUUUAGGCAGCAGCCAUUCUUGGUUGAGUCUCCCCCAAUUUGUAAUGAACGUUUACAUCAGAUGGGCUUGUCUACACCAAGUGACCAAGACAUCCAGUCUGAGGACUUGAGUGAAGCCCAGAAAAGGUUUUUCUGCCAGAGCAUCUUAGCAGAACAACAUAUAAACCCUGACGUGGCCUUCAACGCAGCUGAGUUGUCAUCCGGGUCAGAAGAUCCAAGAGCAGCUUGCAUGGUUGACUUCAGUGACCCGUUACUUCAGAUAGACUCGUCUAUACCAUGUAGUCAAGGCAUACCAUCUGUGGACUUAAGGGAAGCCCAGAAAAUGUUUUUCUGCAAGAGCAUCUUUGAAGAUCAAUCAGGAGCUCCCAUCAUGGUCUUAGAUGACAAGUCAGAAGAUUGUUUGGAUGAUGAAGAGGAGUCUGUAUAUGAGCGUUUAUGUCAAGUGGAUGUAUCUAUACCACAUGACCAGGACAUCCAGGACUUGAUGAAAACUCAAAAAAGGUUCCUUUUCCAGACCGUCUUAGACAAUCAGCACUUAGCCCCUGACAUGGUCUUUGAUGAUGAAUCAAGAGCAAUUUAUGAACAACAGCCAUUGUUGGUUGAUGCAAACAUGCCAUCCAUGGAUUUGAGGGAAACCCAGAACGACUGGUUCAGGCACAGUGUUCUGGGAGGCCAGAGAGUAAUGAAUAAGAUAGACGUUCCUGCAGAUGAUCUCAGUGUGUAUCAGGAACAUGAUGACCUGGAUUUUCAGUCCUUACAUGUUGACAUGGGUCGGACUGAUAACAAGCACUGCCACUCAGAUCUGGGAUAUGGUACAAUGAACCGCAGCAAUUUGGAUGCAGUUAAAGGGGAAUAAAUAGUAAUGUUUAAAUCUAUAUUAUGAGCA